AUGGGUCCUCACGGUAGAGGCCGUCCAUACGUUGACUAUGAUUACGACUACAGGCUUCCCGACACAUAUCACCACCAUGGCCAUCACCUUAGCCACCGCCACCACGUUGACGACGACGACGAUGACCACCACCACCACCAUCACCACCGACCCCGUCACCACACCCGCGCCGUCAAGGACACGCGCCCGGAUGAAAAGAUCAACCACGCUGCCAAAACGGCCCUGCAAUCCGCCGCUAUCGAAGCUGUGAGGGUCCAUGGUCGUCCCGGAAAGUGGAACGGUGAAAAGGGAGCCCGCGUGGCCACGGCUGCCCUGGGCGCCGCCUUCACAGAUGCUGUCACCGAGAGGCCGGAUGACAAGCAUAGGAUCAGACAUAAAGUUGGUGACCUGGCUGGCGCGUGGAUUGUCAACCGCGCUAUAAAUGGCCCUGUAGAUGAUAUGGGGAAGAAGGAGGGGUCACGGAGGAGGCGGUCGAGUUACUAA